AUGUUCAAGGUCCUCUCCUCGGACGCCUACUCAAAAUUAGACGGACUCGUUGAGGAAGAGAGAUUGUACAUCGACGCUUCAGCGCCUCAAUACCUCCGCCCGGCUGGACUAUACGCCGUCUGCAGUUAUCCUGCACGACCACAAUCCUCUACGCAGCUUGGUGGUGCCUACGAGGCCCACCUCAAGAAGUUGCAUCAAGCCGCUACUUGGAGCAAUUACAGAACAGAGGCCGUUAUUCUAACGAUCGACAACAAGAUAUACGCGAAGAUGAAUGGGCCUGAAGGGCCUAGGAUUCUGCUGGAUACAGACAUCGCGAAAUGGGAAAGCUUCGAGAGGGAGAUGCUUGCUUCCGUCGAGAUCAGUCUCCGGUCUUUAGUUACCAAUCUAGACCUCCUGUACAUUCCCGUAUACGACAGGAAGACAUACCACAAGCUCGUCGCUCAAGACUGUUUUGAUACCGGCCAUGAGAAGAUCAUAGAAUCUCUGGAGCGAGUUUCGGCUCGUAAAAAGAUCGUGAUAUGGCAAGGCAUUUGA